AUUAUUUAAUGAGACCUAUUCCGUGGUUUGUUAGAUUGGGCAUAGAUGUGACCAUAUUUACAGUGCCAAUAAUAUUUUUAGCAAGUAAAUUAAAAUUAAAAAUAAUAAAAAGGUUAUCCAAGAUUGGGCACACAUUUUCUUAAUAAUAGAAGAAGGAAGUAUAGAAGAAGAAGUAUAAAUUAAAUUUGAUAGAAAAGAUUUCGAUGAAAUAUAAUACAGAAAUGAUAGCAAUUUUUCAAGUGAAGAAGUUAUCAGCUUCAGAAAGAAACUUGGAUUUCAAGACCUUAUUUGAAAAGAUCAAU